AUGAAACGAUUCUGCUGUUGGAAUUACCAACGUUGGAUGAGAGCUUUUGUGUAUAGUGCAACUGAUGUCAUUAUUAAGAAGUGGAUUGACCUCGAAGAUGAGAUUGUUGUGGAUAAUUAUUCGAAAAAGCUCAUGAAAAAAUUGAGUACAAAUUCAACAAAUACAGUGGUUGAUGAGUCACAUUUCGUCGAUCAUUUGAAGCAUUUAAUACACACGACUCUCAAUGAUGAUAAUCCGUUUUGGGCUAGUGAAGAGAAUGCACUAAUGAAUAAUGGAUUCAAUGAGUACAUUGGUAGCUGGUAUUACAUGAUGCGAAAAAAGGGAUUGUUCGCAAAAGAAAUACUUCCCAGAUUUUCAUAUUUAGGAUAUCAAUACUGGUGGAAAAACAAAGUGUUCUCUAUUGAAAAAAAGAAGCAGCCAAGAACAGUAAGCAGUAGCGAUAUCUGUGAAGUUGUAAAUGUGGAAACAAUGAAACAUCUGGCUGACCUGCCAUUGAAUAAGCAAUUGGAAUGGUUUCAGAGUAAGGAAUUUCUAUCGAUCGAUUAUUCUAACCACAAGCUACUGCAAGAUUAUUUGACAACAAUGAGAAACUUUGGAUUUUAUAUUCAAUUUUUCAACUGGAAUUGUGGGCAAAUAGAUUUUGUGUUUGUGAAAUCGUAG